UAAUGCAACUCGAGUGCUAAGCCAGAUGUUCACGUUCAUUAACUCUGGGCCGUAUGCCGCAGACGUAAACACAGUCCUGUCACACACAAGCAGCGUGCAUGCAUCGCAUGAACACCCACCCACAAAAUGGUACACAUAGCUAUACAAUAAACACACAAACAAAAAACAAAGACACAAACAAACAGUAAAUACACGAGGAGCGUUAUGCCCACACAUGUCCACACACACACACUCAUAAACCCCACAAACUCACUGAGUUUGAAGAUUCCACUGUGGAAUGCUGCCACGCACACAGCAGCCCAGACACACACACAGACUACACACACACACAACAAGUCCAGACACACACACAGAGACUAUAUAGACACACACGCAGCAGCGCAGGAAUCACCACCAACAGCAGCAGCAGCCAUCCUUGCAGCCACGCACUGACCCUACUUGUAAACCACGCAGCUGCAGAAGCAGCAGCGGCAGCAGCGGCGGCGUUGCGUGACGCCACCGCGGACCUCUGAGAGUCGGGUUCGAGUCCGGGUCCCUCGCCGAAGCUCCCCGCACCCGGCGCUCUGCGUACCUGCAAGGUGACCCAGGCUGCAGCUCAAUAGCGACUGCUGAACUGCGGGACGAGGACCAUGGAGGUGCCGCACGAUUUUUAUGAUGACACGCACGAGAACGUGACGGACGAUCCCAUCACCAUCCUGGAAUACGACAAGGCCAUCAUUGUGGCAACCUGCAUCAUACAGGCGAUCAUCUUCGUUGUGGGGUUUGUAGGAAACUCCUUGGUGAUUAUCAUCACUGGAUUUAAAAUUAAGAAAUCUAUACCGACUAUUUUGAUAAUGAAUUUGGCCAUCGCUGACUUUAUUCUAAUUUUGACCCUGCCACUUUGGAUCGUGCAUUAUGCACUCGACUACCACUGGCCGUACGGACAUCUCAUGUGCAAGAUCAUGCCAUUCAUCAGUUACGUCAAUGUCACCGCCAGCAUUUACUUUGUUACGACUCUAAGUCUGGACCGCUUCCUGCUUGCACUUCAACAUUCUUGGGUCCCAAAGAUCAGAACUAUGAACAACACAAUUUUAGUCUGCUUUGGGGUGUGGCUGUUUGCUUCUUUGCUGAGUAUCCCCACUUUUGUUUUCAGCAAAGCCCUGGAACAUAACGGGCAGGUGUAUUGCUAUCAGGACAAUGACCUCGUGGAUCACGCAGCUAUUAUCUUGGCCAACUUCGUUAUUAACUUUCUCAUUCCCAUUACCAUUAUGAGCUUUUGCUAUUUGUACAUUGUGCUCAAGAUGAGUCGCGUCUCUUACUCUGCCAACAGAAGGGCCAUUAACUUAAUAAUUGCCAUCGUGGUCGUGUUUUGCCUGUGCUGGCUGCCAUACUUCCUCGUUGACAUCGUGGAAGGUUCGUUAAUCCUCCACGAUGUCAACAAAUAUUGGCACGUGUCACAUGAGACAAACAAGGCAAAGAGAAUUCUGAUAAGCCUCGCGUUCUCUCACAGCUGCCUGAAUCCCAUCCUCUAUGCCUUCCUGGCGAAGGGCUUCAGGACGCAGUUCAAGAGUGCAUUUAUCCUCCAGUAUUUUGAGCACAUUUUUUACGAAAAAAUACCAAAUGUGCCCGAGGAGACGCAGCUGACCGACUGCAGCAUGCCACAGGCAGAACGGCGCUGAUCUUUGCACAGCCGUUCAAAUCACAGAGACACGGUCCACUGCAAAGUAUUAAGCUUUCAGCGAGCUGCGGACAAAUGUAUGUGUAUAUUAAUGGCUUUGGUUGAUUAAGCGCAAUCUAAAAUCUGAAAGCGCUGUAUGCCGAGCUACAUUUCGAAGGCGUUUGUGAAUAUACACAAUGUGUGCUCGUACUGCGCCUGCUGUCUGUCGCUGUUGUCACCAGCCGUACCCACCACCAUCGUGUCCGCUUGCUGUCUGUGCCACUGAUGUUGUCUCAGAACCGUGCCGGUCUUCAUAGGUUACUCGCUAACAGCACUUGCCCCAAUUAGUCUGCUAAGGCUAUACGGGGGGUCUUUGUCUCAGAACGUCCCAUCAGCCCCGAGCUCUUUAUCCUCCUGGUCUUAUUACACGGGUUGUCUUAACCUUAUCACAAUUAAAACAUAUAUAACAUUGUAUUAUUCAAAUGUAAUGCAGUCUCUACCAAGAGUUAUACAUUGUGUAAUCAGAAAAGUAUUAUAUUCAUAAGUCAAUGUUUCACAUGACGUAUUUAAUUUAUACCUUCACUUUGAUUGUACCAUGUGCGUCUCCUUGUAGCAUGAAGAGUUACAAUUCCUUUUUGGAGGAUGUCUCGGCCUAUAAUCUCAGAGAUAAUUAAAGUAAGUACCAUGCUGAGAUGGCUGGACAGCUAAGGACUUAGAGUACGAUUGCAGCACACCCAUACUUUAUUAAACCGGCUUCUCAAGAGCAUCGAGUUUACGGUCUCAAAAUGGUCACCAAUCUAUGCGUAAGAAACAAAAACUCAAAUUGGCUAAAUGCCAUUUCUGAGAAGUAAAAUAUUGGUUUGACUCAUGGCAUAAACGUCUCUGUGUGCAGCAGAGCACAUGGAAAACUGCUGCCCCCUAGUGUGGACAAGAGGUCAGGUCAGAUUUUAGAAGCAGUUCCGUUAUAUCUCCUUCCACGGGGCCUUUUUCUAACGUUGGGGUGAUGCCCCACUACAGUUCUCAAUGGAUCCUUCAUUUUAAUAGGAAUACAUUGUGGAACAAUUAAAAAGACAAGUGCAUACAAUCGCGCAGUCACCAGUGGGCGUAGGAUUGACUCGCACUUGGCAUAGAAAUGUGGAAUGUCCACCACUUCGUAAAACAUCUGCCAAUUUUAUUUGAGCACCAGCCCACACCCGUGAAGCAGGGAUAGACUUCGGUGUUAUCCUUCCGGCUAAAUACUAUCGCAGCUUACAAUUAUAAAUCGGUGCUUCAUAACUAAAAAUAUAUGAUAGAACUCUACUACAAUGUUGCACGUGACAAUUCUAAAUGACCAACGCCAAGUCGUUGAUGCCACGUGUUGGAAUGUGGCGAGGCUUGUGCUCGGCGAGAGGAAAUUGUAUAAAAAUAAAAACAAACG